AUGGCUAACGUGGGAAUACUUAUUGUCGUUUUCCUCGGAAUUUCAGUGACAUGUAUCGAUGGCAACCAGACUGCACUGAUGGACAAGCUGUUUUCAAAUUAUACUAGAGAUGUGCGGCCAAUCUGUGAAACUCUCGCACCAAUAGAGCUCAAAAUUGGCAUUGCUGUAAGACAAGUCAUUGAACUGGACGAACCGAAGCAAAUAUUGACAGUCAACGCCUGGAUUCGUUUGAACUGGUACGACUGUCAGAUGGUAUGGAACGCCACUAAGUAUGGGGGCAUCUCACAACUUAUCCUCCCCUUUGCUAAAGUGUGGACACCGGAUAUUGCUCUAUAUGACAAUGCCGGAGAAGAACUUGUCGGACUCAAGGACUACCGCCCUACCUUCUACUCAGACGGUUCUGUGACCUACAACUUCCCCACCAUCAUAGAAAGCCUCUGCAAAGUCGACGUCACCUACUUCCCCUUCGACAGUCAAACAUGUGCGCUGCGGUUUGGUUCCUGGGCCCAUCAUGGUCUGGAGAUCAACAGCACCCUUAGGGACAGUUCCGGGGACAUGUCCAGCUUCAAAGUCAACUCCGAGUGGGACUUGGUCAGUGUUCCAGUGGAACGACAUGAGCUGUUCUACGGUUGCUGCCCUGAGCCUUAUCCUGACGUAACGUUCUACGUCAAUCUACGCCGCAAGCCGUUCUUCUACUUAGUGAAUCUGCUCUUUCCCUGUAUCCUGAUCUCUGCUGUGGCUCUGUUGGGCUUUAUCUUGCCUCCAGACGCCGGCGAGAAGGUGUCGCUGGAGAUCACCGUGUUGCUGUCGCUGUCAGUGUUCAUGCUGGUGGUGUCUGAUACGUUGCCACCAACGUCGGACAACUUCCCGUAUUUAGGAAUCUACUUCUGCCUGUCUAUGGCACUGGUGACAUUUUCAACGGUCCUUACAGUGCUCGUGCUGAACGUACACCACCAGGGUCAGAAUGGCGUCCGUGUUCCUCGGUGGUUGAGAAAACUCUUCCUGUGUUCGAAGAGUGAACUGCAAGAUCACCACAUCAAGAUAAUCCCCAAGGGUGAACUUUACCAAAAGGAUCAAAACGGCGUUUUGAAAAAGAUAAACCAAAAUGGAACAAAUGGAAGUGAUUCUCCAAAAAGUCAAGAGCAACCGUCUGCUUUGACCAAAGUGAUGAAAGAGCAACUGGCGGUCCUGAAGGAGAUCAACAGUCGGUACGCCCAGAAAGAUAAAGAUGCAUCUAUUGAAGAGGAAUGGAAGAAAGUGGCAACUGUGAUGGACAGAGUGUUCCUCGUAGUGUUCCUCAUUUUGUCUGUUGUUUGUACUUUGGGGGGCGUUGAUGCAGUGCUUCAUCAGAGCUUGAGUUUCGGACAAGCAGCGAGUCAUGUCCAUGGUCUUCCCGUCCCUUUAAGGAUUGACUCUUUCUCCACAGACAUUACAAGAAGUAAUAUUCCUUGA